AUAAUAAUAAUAAUAAUAAUAAUGGAUAAUAAUAUAACAGUAAUUGUACUGCACUGCUUUGCAGAAGGGGGUUGGACUGGAUGACCUUUGGGGUCCCCUUCCAACUCUAUGAAUAAUAAUAAUAAUAAUAAUGGAAUAUUAAUAAUAAUAAUAAUAAUAAUAAUAAUAAUAAUAAUAAUAUAGUAGUAAUGGCAUCACACUGCUUUGCAGAAGGGGGCUGGACUAGACGGCCUUUGGGGUUCCUUCCAACUCUAUGCAUGAUAACAAUAAUAAUAAUAACAAUGGAUUACAAUAAUAAUAAUAAUAAUAAUGGAUAAUAAUAUAACAGUAAUUGUACUGCACUGCUUUGCAGAAGGGGGUUGGACUGGAUGACCUUUGGGGUCCCCUUCCAACUCUAUGAAUAAUAAUAAUAAUAAUAAUAAUAAUAAUGGAAUAUUAAUAAUAAUAAUAAUAAUAAUAAUAAUAAUAAUAAUAAUAAUAAUAAUAUAGUAGUAAUGGCAUCACACUGCUUUGCAGAAGGGGGCUGGACUAGACGGCCUUUGGGGUUCCUUCCAACUCUAUGCAUGAUAACAAUAAUAAUAAUAACAAUGGAUUACAAUAAUAAUAAUAAUAAUAAUAAUAAUGAUGAUGGAUAAUAAUAUAACAGUAAUUGUACUGCAAUGCUUUGCAGAAGGGGGUUGGACUAGAUUACCUUUGGGGGCCCCUCCAAAGUGAUGGAUCCCAGGCGCAGGCAGGGGGGCCAUGGGCGGGCUCUGGCCAUUGGGCUCCAUCCACUUUCGCCAUGGGGCUGCGCAUCCGCUUCCUUGGCUUCUGGAUCCUUCUGGGGUGCGGAACAGCCUCGUGGGCGGUGAGGGUCUCGGUGUCGGCCGGCAGCAUCCAGGUGGUGCGAGGGGGCAGCGCCCUCCUGCCCUGCUCCUUCCGGACCACGGCCCCGCUUGACCGGCUCAACAUCAUCUGGACCGUGGCCCCGUCUUCGGACCCCGGCAGACCCCAGCAGGUGUUGUCCUACCAAGGGGGCCAGGUGGUGGAGAGCAUGUCGGGCUUCACGGGCCGGGCGGCCUUCGCCUUCCCCCCCACCGCCAGCGCCACUCUCCUCCUCAACAACACCCGGGGCUCCGACAGCGGACGCUACCAGUGCAGCGUCAUCAACCCGCCCGACAACCAGCUGCCCAACAUCGGGGUCGUCCAGCUCACCGUCUUCGUGCCGCCCUCGGGCCCGCGGUGCUGGCGUGAGGGGGACCCGGGCGAAGGGGACGGCCUGCGCUUUGCCUGUUCGGUGGGCGACGGGGUGCCCCGCCCCACCUUCACCUGGGAGAAGAUCCCGGCCGACACCCGGCGCCCCUUGGUCACCACCUACGAAGAUGACCGCCGGGCCUUGCUGACCCUGCACAACGUGACCUCGGCUGCGUCCGGCCUGUACCGCUGCACGGCCUCCAACAUGCUGGGCUCCGCCACCUGCGCCUUGGAGCUCCACAUCCACCUCCCUGUGGACGGGGCCACCUCACUGGUGGUGGGCAUUGCCCUCCUGCUGGCCAUGGGGACGGUCCUGCUGGCCCUGCUGGCCCUCGUCCUCUGGCUCCACCACCGCAGCCUCCGCAAGCAGAGGGAAGGCAAGGACGACGACGACGACGACGAGGAGUCCCAUAAUGAAAUACGGAUGGACAGCUUCUCCUUGGGGCGGCUGAUGUUGGCGAAAGGGGGUCCGCCGCCCGCCCGGCCCCUCUGGGUCUUCACCAGCACCACCGCCCCCAACGCCACCUUCGCCCACCGGGAGUGGAGGGCCACGCCAGCGCCCCCCCACGGACCCCCCAGGGACGGGGAAGAGGAGGAGGUGGAGCCCCUCCCCGCCCCCGGCCCCUUCCCCAGGCCCACCGGGUUCCUGGUCUAGGGGAGGGGUCCCCAGAGGCCAGCCAGUCUCCGCCCACGUGGGCUACCAAGGAAGGAGUGCACCACCCGAUCCCUCCCGGCAGAUGGACAUCCGGCCUACGCGUCACAGAAUCCCAACUGGAAGACACCACCAACAGGAAGGCACCACCCGAUCCCUCCCGGCAGAUGGACAUCCGGCCUACGCGUCACAGAAUCCCAACUGGAAGACACCACCAACAGGAAGGCACCACCCGAUCCCUCCCGGCAGAUGGACAUCCGGCCUACGCGUCACAGAAUCCCAACUGGAAGACACCACCAACUGAUCCCUCCCGACAGAUGGACAUCCAGCCUCGGCUAAGUAAUCACAAUCACCGUCAUCAUAAAUACCAUAAAUAAAUAAAUAAAUAAAUGGUACCAUA